ACUUUGUUCAUGUUUAGGAUUGGGCCUGCUGCCGGAGGAAGACGCUGGAGUGAUGUUGAAGCUGGAAUUGUUGAAUGAAUAUCCGUGAGUCACGGAUAAGGCCCGUAAUAAGGCAGUAUUUGCGAAUCGCACCGUGGGUGACGGUGCGACUAGUUUUACUGGUAAACUGAGGCAUUUGAUUAGUGCUGCCUGAGGAUUUGAGGAUCAUUUGGACAAAUGUCCACUUGAAAGAGAAGGGAGGGUGGCUUCCCAACACCCAAAGUUUGCUUUCGGAUACAGUUGUUGAACCUAUCUAUAGUUCCCAUACGGGCUUAAUUUUCAAGGUAUUAUUGAGUGUAGUUUUUAUGAAUCAAGUCCUGUCCCUGUGGUAGGUCUCUUAAUUUUAUUGUGUUACGAAUGGUACAGUAGGCAUUCUCAGGUGUAAGGUUUGUAGUUUGGCCAUACAUUCAUUACCAAAACUUUCCAGUCCCGUUAGUAGGUUUUUUUGGGUUACUUUUGGGUUUUUCAUCAGCAAAAUAGUUCCAUUUAAAAAUUGUGUAACAAGAAAUGGACUCUCAAUUUACUAACGAUAAAUACUUCUUUAAUGGUAAAAUCAUUUGGCCAUGUUAGAAAACACGUUUUUGGAAGAAGACAUCUGGGAAUAUAAGUCUAAAAGAAAACCAAAGCCAGUACAUCCAAAUAGUUGCUCUGAAAAUAUUCCAAAAUCUGUUGAAAAAGCAACAUAUGGAAACUACCAGUCAAAACGGAAAAGAAAGGAAAAGAAAGCUGGAGAAGAGAAAGGAAAGGUGAAGGACCAUGAAAUGUGCCUUGGAGAAGCAGAUUGUAAGACUUCGGGAGCUUCUAGUCAGAGCUGGAGUUGCAGAGAUGGGACACAGCCGUCCCAAGACAAAGAGACUACACCCAGAAAGCAAGGUAGAGCUCCCAAAAGCAAGCAGGUGUCCCCGAAGAUACGUCCAGUUUAUGAUGGAUACUGUCCAAGCUGCCAGAUGCCCUUCUCCUCCUUGCUAGGACAAACACCUCAAUGGCAUGUUUUUGAAUGUUUGGACUCUACAACAGUCUCCAACAUAGAGUGUCCUGAUGGUGCCCGAUGUACUUCAACAUUUCCUUCUCAUUAUAAGAAAUAUACUCACCUCCUGCUUGCUCAAAGUAGGGCUAGCAGUGAGCCGUUUAGCAGUCCGCCACCUGCAUCAGGCUGGAGUGUCAGUGAGACUAAGCCAAGCUAUUCUUGUAACCUUGAGGAAAGAUGGUUUUUACAUCCGAAGUCACCAGAGAACUUUAAAAAUGCUUCAGAUGAUUCUUUGUUGAUGACCCAGUGUCUAAAAAAGUCUCAACCUCCACUUGAAACCAACAAAAAGAUUACCUCUUCUCAAAAGUUACAACAAGUUCUACAGUCUACAGAAUUUGUUAAGAAAGACAAACUGGUAGGAGUUGGUUUGCCUCUUGCUGAGGAAUUAGAUGGCCAAAGCAACUCACAAUGCACAAACUUGUCAUUGCCAGAAAAUGACUUUGGCAGCUGUGAAAUCUCCUAUUCUCCGCUUCAGAGUGACGAAGAAACUUAUGCUAUAGAUGAAAAGCUGGAUGAUUCACAACAGGAACUGUUUUUUACUGAAAGUUCUAAAGAUGACAGCCUGGAAUAUGAGGACCUCUCUAUUGCAUUUAAAAGACCCGGUGGUCCCUUCCUGAAGAAUGCAGAGGAGCAUCGCCCUGAAGUGAAUAGCUUCUUCACUCAAAAUAAGUAUAAUGAACUGUUAAAGUGCAGAGUUCUAAAUGAUUUUCCUCAACUUUUCUCCCAAACUGAGAGCAGUGUUUCAGACGAUAAGUCCUCAUAUACUGAUGGUCAUUUUCUGUUGUUUGCACCUGCAUUAACAGGGGAGCUUCCUGCUUCUAAUUAUCAAACUACUAAAGCAAACCCUGAUGAACCACAAUUUCCUGCAUCUCAAUCAAAUAAGCAGAAACAGGUAAUUGAAGAAUCAGCUGUUUGCAGUCAAGUUUCUCUGCCCUUACUUAAGAGUGAGAUGUCAAAACCUCUUGAAAGCUGGGGAGGAAAGGGUCUCUCUUUCCCUCCAACCCAAAGUCAAAUGAGAGAAUUAUCAAGUGAGAACUUCUGUGCUAAGAACAGUAGUAACUCAGAAUGUGUCUGCAGAAAGGCCUUAUGUGGUAUGCUAGAUGGUAAAGUUAAAAUUUUAAAUACAGAAACAGUUUCCACUACACCUACUGCUGCUAAGUCCUCGAAAAUAUUGCCCUCAGGUUCUAAGUGCAGUGCAAGCCAUUCUUCUGCCAAGGGAAUGAAGCAAAUGGAUAUAGGUGUGUAUUUUGGACUACCACCCAAAAGAAGAGAAGAGAAGUCACUCAGGGACAGUGCAUUGAAAGGGAUGAACUUAGAUCCAGUUGUAAGUCCCAAGAAAAAGAGGUCCCAGCCUUGCAAGAGGAAAGCAGAAAAUUCUUUAAGUGAUUUAGAGUUUGAUGCAAAGAACUUAAAUGAGAGUCAGUGCUCUGUCGAACUCACUUGGGAGAGGUCACAGCGGCAAAGAAAAAGACAGAAAAAAUCAAAUUCCCCACAGAAAGGAGCACAUCAGAAGAGGUCACAUCACCUUAAUAACAAUACAGAAUCUGAAACAGUCAUAAGUAAAGACAAAGUCUUCAUAAAAUCAGCUCACAGCAGGCUGCAAAGAGGGAACGUGAGAAUUUCAGGAUCAUCUGAUGCAGGGGAAUUAAGAAAAAAGAGGUGUCCGUUCUAUAAGAGGAUACCUGGUACUAGCUUUACGGUUGAUGCCUUUCAGUAUGGCGUGGUGGAAGGUUGCACGGCCUACUUCCUCACACACUUCCAUUCUGAUCAUUACGCAGGGUUGUCUAGAAACUUCACAUUUCCAGUUUAUUGCAGUGAGGUAAGUUUUAGUAUUCUAAAUUCUGACUUUAUAGAAAAUAGAUUCACAUCAAAGUUCUAA